AUGGUGAAAACUAUAGACCCCAAGCCAGCGCCCGGCUCACACAACUCACUCGCGGCACAAUAUGCGAGGGCAAAAGCGCGCAAAGAAUCUCAAGAGCAGGCUAUUAGAGAGGGAAAGAAGUUAGAUAGGGAUGGGAACAUAAUUGAGCCCACGGUCCCCAGGAAGAAGGACAAGAGAGAUGAGUUGAACGGGGCGAAGAGGGACAAAUGGAGGAGGGAGUGGUGGGCAGUUGGAGGGUGGUGGACUUGGCUGGCACUUAUGCACGCCGUGGGAAUAUACUUCUUUACAAAGGGAUUCCUACUCACCCGGUUGGUGUUAGAAGAAUCAUCGACUUGUGCCGAGCCACCAAUCGCAAGAAACGUCAAUUACAAAGGAGCCGGUACACCAGAGGGAGGAUGUUGGCAUCCAAAGACAUUUGACAGGGCUGUGGUGGUAGUUGUAGACGCAUUGCGCUACGAUUUCGCUGUGCCAUCUGCUGAUGACGAGCCUUUUCACAAUGCAUUGCCCGUCUUAUACGAGACUGCGCGCAGAGAACCACAUAAUGCAUUUCUAUUGCCUUUUAUUGCGGAUCCGCCGACAACUACAUUGCAAAGAUUGAAGGGUCUCACAACUGGAACACUCCCAACAUUUGUCGAUGCGGGGUCGAACUUUGCCGGUACCGCCAUUGAAGAGGAUAAUCUUUUGAGCCAAUUGAAAGAUGCUGGCAAGAAGAUUGUACAUCUGGGUGAUGAUACUUGGACUGCGCUAUUUCCUGGAUACUUUGAACCAAACAUUAGCCGCGCAUAUGAUUCUCUCAAUGUCUGGGAUUUGCAUACGGUGGAUAAUGGUGUUACGGAACAUAUUAUGCCACUUCUUGAGAAAGAGAAGAAAACCGAGUGGGAUGUUAUGUUUGCGCACUACUUGGGUGUGGACCAUGCGGGACAUAGAUAUGGACCAAAUCAUCAGGCCAUGACGAGCAAGCUACAGCAGAUGGAUACUUUGAUAAGAGGACUCGUGGAGAAGCUUGACGAUGAUACCUUGUUGGUUGUCAUGGGAGACCAUGGCAUGGAUAGCAAAGGUGAUCAUGGCGGAGAGAGCGACGACGAAGUUGAAGCUGCAUUAUGGAUGUAUUCCAAGAAAGGAAUAUUUGGUCGCACUGAUCCGGCUUUUGUUACUCCACCUCAAAAUGCGAAGAUACGGCCAGUCAAUCAAAUCGAUUUAGUGCCAACCCUCGCAUUGCUCUUGGGCUUGCCGAUCCCUUUCAACAAUCUCGGAAAACCCAUUGAGGAGGCCUUUGCAGGCAAGAAAGGCAAUGCGUGGGAAAAUUUGGCAAACGUGGCUAGAAUGACAGCUGCCGGUAUCAAAAGAUACCAAGCUGCGUAUUUUGCUGCCCGAGGCAUCGAUGAGAGCACUAUUGAUGGUUCCCCAUAUGCUCUUUGGUUAACAGCCGAGCACGCUCUCACUUCAAAAUCAGCCCAAAAGUCUACGGAAAUUUAUCAUGCAUUCUCUGCCUAUCAGACAGAAACUUUACGCAUUUGUCGAGAUCUCUGGGCCCGGUUCGAUGUCCCUAGUAUGAUUCUAGGUAUCUGCAUCCUUGCUGGUAGCGUACUAGCUUUGGCCCUCUAUGCCAAUAGUAAUGCUAGUGAUGGUAAUGAACCUGAAUCGGCCGAUCUAGAUGAAGCCCAAGCCAAACUGGAACUUGAAGCUGUUGCAAAAGGAAAGAGAUCUAUUGGAGAUGAGGCAAUCAACCCAAAUCUACUCUUAUCGAUCUCCAUGGCCUCAGCCGUUGGUGCUGCUGUGGGAUUAUCGCUCUGGACCAUGAAAGCAACUAUCUUGGCGGGUAUAAUCGAUGGACAAGUUGUAGAAUUGAGUGCAAUUGGUGCUAUCAUUGGGGGACUCAUUGGAGCUAAUUUGUCAUUGAUGAGAAUUGGCAAUCCCUUCCCAACGACAAUUUGGGGUUGGUUAGCAGUCAUGUUCACUGUCAGUCAGUCAAUUGGGUUUGCGUCCAAUUCCUAUACUAUUUGGGAAGACUCCAUUCUAUUAUUUUUCAUCACAACUUUCGGAGUGGCUGGUGUUGUUUCCUCGCUUAGACAAUCAGAAAUACGCAGUCGCACAUUGGGGGUAUAUCACUCUCUUGUGUUCAUUGGUCUUGCCUGGGUUGCCUCAUACUCUAAGCUAUGUAGAGAAGAACAGAUGCCUUACUGCAGAUCUACAUACUACGCCUCUGCCACGUCCUCUACUUCUGCUCCUUGGCAAUUACUUAUUCCAUUAUUUUUCGCAUUCGCCUUACCCGCUUUCAUCAAAGCUUACUAUGCAACCAGCCUUUCCUAUGAGGGAUUUGCGCCGGUCUGGAUUGGUGGAGCUUUCAGAUUUGGACUCUUCCUUAUUACCAUCUUCUGGACUUUAGAUGCCGCUGAUGAUGGAAAUUGGUUCCCUUUCUUGUACGAAGGCGCCUUGAAAGCUAUCCGAGUACCAAUUUCCCAGACAGUUCUUGCCAUGGCUAUUGGCGCUGGAACUGUUGCAUUUUACUUUGCACCACCGUGCAUCGCCGUCGGCACUGUCGCACUCGGUGAUCUUGCACCCGCUGGAGCCCCCAAAGAACAAGGUACACGCGUUAUGAUUCUUGGCUAUGGCAAUACUCAUGGUGCUCGAUACUUCCUCCUUAUUACCAACGUGCUUUUAGCCGUUCUCAUGGUCCAGAAACCUAUGGGCUUCGGUGCCCUCUCUCUCAUGUCCCUCCAAAUCCUGUCUCUUGUGGAAUUCCUUGAUCUCAACUCCUUGACCAAUUCACCCAUCGGGCCUAUCAUGCUCGCCAUCCUCGGCUCCUUCCACUUCUUCAAAACAGGUCACCAAGCCACUCUUUCCUCGAUCCAAUGGGAAUCCGCUUUCAUCCCUCUUCACACAAUUCGCUACCCUUGGUCUCCAUUCCUCGUCGCCCUCAAUUCAUUCGGUCCUCAAAUCCUCGCCGCAUCCGCCGUUCCCCUCAUCGUUUUCUGGAAACAACAACCAAAGAAAAAUGGACUCUUAAAAGCAGUGACCGCCGCUUUGGCAUGGCACAUCCUCUAUUAUGCAGUCGUGGGAUUGGCAACUGCAAUGUGGGCUGGCUGGUUGAGAAGACAUCUCAUGUUGUAUCGCAUCUUUAGCCCGAAAUUUAUGAUGGCGGGUGCGGUGUUGGGGGUGGUGGAUUUGGUUGUUUUGACGGUUGUGCUUUUGGGAACGAGAUGGAAUGUGGGGAGUGUGGAGGAUGUGUUUGGUUGGCCUUGA